GCAGAUCUGUGGUGAAGCACACAGAGACGAUGGCCGGGCUGCUCUGUACGGUGUGGAUCCUGCUCUGCAGCGCCGCCCUGCUGGACGGGAGGGCUUCAGAGUACCAGCUGGAGGCGCUGAGCCCAUGUGAGAUACUCCGGAGCGUUGCCGUGGGAACCAAACAGGAAGCGGUUCCUCACUGUUUGGAGGACGGCAGCUUCAGGUAUCGGCAGCGCAACGUCUUCAUCUCUCAACGCUUCUCUGGGUCUGUGCAGUGCGGUGGGCGGAGUCAGGAGUGUUGGUGUGUUGACUCCGAAGGUCAGGAGGUCACCGGGACUCGAACCAACAACUCCAUUCCUCACUGUCCGACCCCCUGCCAGCUGCAGUCGCUGCUGAAGUGCGCCCCCUCUGGUCUGUUUGAGCCGGUGCAGUGCGACUCCAGGGGGCGCUGUUGGUGCGUGGACCGGGACGGCGCGGAGCUGUACGGCACCAGACAGGCUGGCAGGCCGCGCCGCUGUCCCAGCAGCUGUGAGGUGAGGUCCAGGCGCCUGCUUCACUCCUCGGCUGCCUCGCCUCCUCAGUGCGCCGCAGACGGCAGCUUCCUGCCUGUUCAGUGUAAAUUCAUCAACACCACCGACAGAACGGAGCUGGACCUGCUGCUGGCCUUCAGCAGCUCUCCAGAAGCUUUCGACACCUUCAGGAAUUUCAGGAAGUUUUUCCCGCUCGUCUCCUCGUACUGCUUCUGCUCAGACGGCCGCGGCAGGGAGCUGCAGGGGACAGGUGUGGAGCUGCUCAUGUCUGAGGUGUACGACUCGGCGUUCUCCGGGCUCCGCUCGCCUCACUCUUUCGCUCAGACCAACAUCUACAGAGUCCUGCAGAGGAGAAUGCUGGGAGUUCGUCUCGCCCUCACCGGACACUUCAGAUGUCCGACUCCCUGUGAGGAGGAGCGCCGGGCGGCCCUGGACUCGUCCAGCGUCUUCGUCCCGUCCUGUGAAGCUGGCGGCCGGUUCAGUGCGAAGCAGUGCCAGCAGGGGGCGCUGUGCUGGUGCGUGGACCCCACUGGGAGGCAGCUUACUGGGCCGCGGCGGCCCGGAGACGACCUGGUCUGUGGUUCUGGUCCAGCCGACUGCCCCGCCCGGCGCCGUCUGGCUCUGUCCAGGCUGUUCUCGGGUCCGGUCCGUCCCCCUCGGGCGUCUUCUGGUUCAGCAGCUUCCUGUGUGUCCCUCCUGCGUCCUCUCCGGGUUCUGGGGUAUUCGGACCCGACCUCCUUCCUGCCCCGGCUGGUCGAAGUUCUGCAGGGUCUCUUCCCCUCGGUGGGCGGAGCUCUGGAGGCGCUGACCCGCUCCCCAGCCCAGCGCCUCCAGGAGAACCUGUUUGGAGGAAAGUUCCUGCAGAAUGUGGCGGCCUUUAACUACACCGGCGUGCUGGGACCUCGAGGAGCCGUGGGUUUGGACCAGCUGUCCGCUCAGAGCCUGCAGGAGAACCGGGACCUGGUCCGGUCCGUGAGCCGGGCCCUGGAAGAUCCCGCCUUCCUGUCCGCCCUGAGGCAAACACUGAUGGGUCUCAGUGGCGCCCCCUCUGGGUCACUGCAGCAGGUCCUGGCUGGAGUUCUGAGGUCCUGCUCUGAGGAAGAGGAUGACUCUUCGUCCCUCUUCGUCCCGCGCUGCUCGCCCAGCGGAGGCUACCAGCCGGUCCAGUGUCGGGACGCAGAGUGCUGGUGCGUCGACCCGCAGGGUCGGGAGGCGCCGGGGUCCCGGACCGCCGGCCGGCCGCCGCGCUGUCCGACCAGCUGCGAGACGGCGAGAGCCGCGGCCAUGAAGGUGAAAUCCAACAUGGCCGCCGGAGCCGAGAUCCACAUUCCGGCGUGUUCAGAGGACGGAGACUUCCUGCCGCUUCAGUGCGUCGGAGAUCGUUGCUUCUGCGUGGAUGCCGAGGGGAGGAAGAUGGCUGCAGGGCCAACAGGGGGCGCUGUCACAUGUCCAGAGAAUAAAACGCUGAAGCUUCAGGCGUCUGCAGGUCUCUGCUCCAAGGCUCUCGCUGAGGUCACAGCGUUCAGACAGGAAGUGGACAGCCUCGUCUCCCUCUCUAACUCCACCCACUUCCCUGUGGGAUACGGCUUUCUAUUGGCCAAAGGUCUGAGUCUGAGCCAAUCAGAGGAGGAGCUGCGGCUCAGCCAAUCAGAGGAGCUGAAGGUGUCGGAGAGGUUGCUGAGUGGCUCCAGAUCUGCGCUGCGAUUGGCUGCUUCCUCCUCUCUUCUGAUGCUGCUUCCUCCUCAUCGUCGCUCCUACCAGCUCUUCACUCCACAGUGUGACGCCGCCGGAAACUGGAGGCUCACGCAGUGUUACCACAGCACAGGUCAGUGCUGGUGUGUGGAUGAAGAAGGAGAGUUCAUCCCCAGGUCUCUGCGCCGGUCGCUCCGUCUGCCACGCUGUCGAAGUCGCUGCCAGAGAGCGGAGGCUCACUCUCUGCUCGCUGAUUGGAUGAAAGCCUCUGACAUCACCACCGCCUCGCUGUACCACCCACAGUGUGAGCAGGAUGGCCGUUUCUCUGUGCUGCAGACAGGGGGCGCUGCAGGCUGGUGUGUGAACCCGCUGACAGGAGAGACGCUCCAGAUGGCGUCCCGGAGCGCCGCCGGAGAGCUGACCUGUCCCAGCUGGUGUGAGCUGCAGCGGUUCCGCUGUCGUCCCGACGGCUCCUUCGACCCACUGCAGUGUGAUGUCACUUCCUGUUGGUGUGUUUCCGAGGACGGACAGGAAGUGGCCGGGACCCGAUCGCCGCGACAAACGGGACGCGCGCCAUCAUGUGACCGUCCUCUUUGUCCCGCCCCCAACAUUACCCAUGGAGCACUGCUGUGCCGUUCAGCAGCUGAUGGCCGGCAGAGCUGUGACCUCGUCUGUCACCAUGGUUACCAGAACUCACUUCCUGUUAGCAGCUUCCUGUGUGGCGUUGAGAGUCGCCAAUGGGAAGAAGAAAACAGACCUUUAAGUGGAGCCUGUCAGAUCUCCCAGCCCUUCCAGUCUUUCUCUUCCUCUCAGUUCUGGUCGCUCUCCGUCUCUUGCUCUCAGGUCAGCAGUUUGUCGUCUCUGCUGUUCAGCCUCCUGGCCAGCAGGGGGCUCUGCUCCACUCAGCUGCCGUCGGGCCGGCCCGUGGCGCUGUGCGGCGCCUCGGCGGUGGGUCUGCGGUGCGACGCCGGCGACUCGGUGAGGCUCACGCUGAGCUGGACCGCUGACCUCUCCGACCUCACGACCUCUGACCUCCCUCACCUCCAUCUCAUGGCAAUAUUCCUAAAUGAAUCCAGACUUCUGGAAGGAGUUCAGGGAAUUCUGGGUGAUCUCCGCUCCAUGCUGACCUCUGACCCCAAGCUGGUUUCGGUGGCGUCGCCAGCCUUUGGCUGUUCCCAUGGUUACCGGCUGUCCAGCGACGGCGCAGGCUGCGUCGUUUGUCCCGCCGGCAGCUUCUACCAGCAGGGGGCGUGUCUGCUCUGCCCUCAGGGAACCUAUCAGGAGCUAGAAGGGCGGGGCUUCUGCACCAGGUGUCCCAGAGGCUCCUCCCCUUCAGGCGCUUCAGCAGCCAAUCAGUGUGAGACGGACUGCGAGAGGCGGGGCCUGCGCUGUUCGCGGCGAGGCGACUUCCUGCCGGCUCAGCCCGACUUCCUGUCUGGGGGCUGGAGGUGUGUCAGCAGCGAGGGGGCGGAGCUUGAGUGGACGAGCAGAGAAGAGCGUCUGACGGAUGAGGAGUGCUCAGUUCUCAGCCGGUUCCAGGCAGUUCCCGGGUCGGACCUGAUGGUCGGGACUGGAGACACGGACGUACUGAGGACCAUGACCUCUGACCUCUCUGCAUGUCUCCAUGCAUGUGCAGCGGAGCCGUCCUGCCACCAUGUGGCGCUGUUCGACAGGCGGACCCGCUGUGACCUGUACAGCUCUCUGAACGCUGUCUGCAGCGCCUCCCAGCAGGCCAGCGGGUUUCUGGGUAAUCCUCGGGCCGAGCGGUUCCACCAGCUGCGCUGCUCUCUGAGCGUGAGGGGCGGAGCUUCAGAUCUGCUCGUCCUCAGGAAGAACGGGGCGGAGCUUCAGCAGCAGAGUUUUGUGAGGAUGAGGAUGAGGAAGGCGGUCUCAGGUGUGUUCAGGACUCAGGUGUUCUCCUCCAGCAACACGUCUCUGUCCGACGCGCGCCGGUUCUGCCAGGACGGCUGCAGCCGCGACGCCUGCUGCCACGGGUUCAUCCUCAACCAGAACGUCCUGGAUGGAGGCUCCCUGCUGUGUGGCUGGCUGAGAGCGCCGUCGGUUCUGAUGUGUGAGGACGAGGACUGGGACGUGAUUGGCCAGGGACCGGCCAAUAGGAUCUGUGGGGCGGGGCUUAGCUACAGCGAGCAGCAGCGCAGCUUCGAGUUCGACUUUGGCGGAGAAAAAUUCACCAUCACUGACGACGCGCUGCCCAGCGACAGCAGGAACAGGAAGGACUACCAGGCCGCCAUCAUCAGCUUCCAGGCCGUCUACCUGAACACAGCUGCAGCCGCGGGUGGUUCUGGAUCGGCGUCCUGCGGUGCAGCAGAGGUUCUGGCUCCUCUGAACGCGUCCGUCCAGCUGAGGUUCCAGUCUCUGUCCAGCGCCGACGUCCUGGUGGACCCGCAGAGGAAGCAGCCCGUUCUGUCCUUCUGGCUCAGCAAAAACAACUACAGCUCCCAGAAUGCCCUGCUCUGGUGCCUCACACGUUGUGAUGAAGAGGAGCGGUGUUCUGUCGCCGACCUCAGAGACGCUGAGUCGGACCGUUUCUUCCGCUGCUCUUUGUAUCCGGACACCAGAGUCUGUGGUGGCUACGACCAGCCGAUAAAACGCUCCUGUCGCCCCCUGCUGGACAGAGCGACCAACAACACUUUCAGCAAAAAGGUGGAUCUGAGCGGACCGGUCCAGAGUUUUUAUGAGCGAGUUCCCUUCCAGAAGAUGGUCUCAUACUCUGUGAGGAACCGGGUCACGCUGGGACAGAACCAGCUGCUGCCUGAGGGGUUCAGGGAGUGCGAGCGCCGCUGCGACGAGGACCCCUGCUGCCGUGGUUUCGGGUUUGUCCGUGAGACCAAAUCAAGAGGCCUGCUCUGUCUGCCUCUAAUCAGCCUGGGCGUUCUGACCUGCAGUGAAGACGGCGCCUCCACCUGGAGGACUCAGGACUGUUCACCUCCUGAAGCAGAGACGUCCCCGGAGCCGUUCGGCUGGUACCAGAAACCCGUCAAUCAGUGGACGUCUUCCCCAGCCCUGUGUCCUCCGUUCAGCCUGAGGAACCCAAGGAACAACGUCUCCAUGGACGACUGGCAGCUCCUCUCAGAGGCUUCGCUCCUGAUUGACGCGUCUCUCUCUACGUAUGAUGUCAUCCACGUGAGCCGUGACAUCGACACUGACCGGGAAAGGACCAGGGACUGGUGUCUCCAUGCCUGCCAGGAGGCGGAGUCUUGUGUCGCCGUGUCGCUCAGGGAGGCGGAGUCAGCGGUCCGCUGCAUCCUGUACCCUGACACCACAACCUGCGGGCUAAGCUCCGCCCCAGACUCCCUUAGCCCCGCCUCCUCCUGCCGCCUGGUGGUGAAAGAACCCGCCCCCCAGGUCUACCUGAGGACAGCGCGUUCGCCGCAGGCUGUGUCUGUCUCCGUUCCCGGUCAUGGGACGCUGCAGGGCGUUGCCAUGGAAACAGAGGUCGGCUCAGACAGGAAGACGGUGAUCCAGUUCCUCGGAGUCCCGUACGCCCGUCCACCAAUAGGAGCGCUCCGUUUCGAGGCAGCGCAGCCGGCCGAUUGGACAGGAACCUGGGACGCCACCAAGCCCAGGCCCAGCUGCGUUCAGCCCGGCGACGCUGAAGACUCGGCUUCCAGUGAGGAUUGUCUCUAUCUGAACAUCUUCACACCUGCUGCCCAGAGAGGGCGCGUCCCGGUCCUCGUUUACUUCUUCAACCCUCCAACCAACCAGAACCAGAACCUGCUGGACGGCUCCGCCCUCGCUGCUCUGGGGAACAUUGUCGUGGUAACGGCCAGCUACCGUACGGCAGCGCUGGGAUUCCUGACUGCAGGUGGUCUCCAUGGUAACUACGGCCUGUCGGACCAGGAGGCGGCGCUGCGCUGGGUCCACGCCCACAUCUCCCUGGUGGGCGGGGACAGCGGGAGCGUGACGGUGGGGGCGGAGCGGCGCGGCGCCGACAUCGGCAGCCUGACUCUGCUCUCCUCUUCGCCGCCGUUCCACAGGAUGAUCCUGAUGGGCGGUUCUGUUUUCUCUCCAUCUUUGGUCCAAACCGCUGCAGCCGGCAGACGUCAAGCCAUGGAUUUGGCUCGAGAGCUUGGCUGCGUGACCUCUGACCUCUCUGAUGACGGCCCUAUGGUGGCUUGCCUCAGAUCGACUCCGGUUCACAAGCUGAACGCGGCUCAGACAAAGCUGCUGGCGGUCAGCGGUCCGUUCCAGUCCUGGGCUCCGGUCCGCAGGUCCGAGUCCGAGUCCUUCCACAGAGUGGACCUGAUGCUGGGAACAUCAGAACACGACGGCCUGAUCAGCAGGGCGCGCAGGAUAAAGGACUUCGAGGCUCUGCAGGGUCGAGCCGACGGGAAGACGGCGUUCUACGAGGCUCUGAGUCGUUCUCUGGGCGGAGCCUCGGGAAACGAGCUGCUUAAGGACGCGGCGGCCUGGUUCUACUCUCUGGACCACGAACCGUCAGCUGCUGGCUACAACCUGUUCUCCAGAGCGCUCAACAACGCCACCAGAGAUCUGUUCAUCAUCUGUCCCACGGUGCAGAUGGCUCGCCACUGGGCCGCCAGCGGCGCCAACGUCUUCCAGUACCACCAGCCCGCCUCCAGCGCCCAGGACCGAGCCCAUGUUUCGGUUCCUCUGGACGUUCAGUUCCUGUUUGGGAUUCCUCUCCAGCCAAUGAGCUCCCAGCGUUUCACCUCGUCUGAUCGGCGCCUCUCAUUGGCUGUGAUGACCUACGCCUCCAGCUUCAUUCGGACCGGGAACCCGAACCCAUCCCGCGUGUGGGCGGAGUCAGUUCUGCCCCGCUGGCAGCCGGUCACCGCUGAGACCCCGCCCACCUACCUGGAGCUAAGCCCCGCCCUGCAGCGUCAGCAGGGCCUGAGGCAGAACGCCUGCUCCUUCUGGAAGGAACUGGGAACCAGACUGACCAGUAAGACAGGUGACUUGGGGGCGGAGCCUGUCCAGACCCCAGAGCUGCCAUUGGCUGCACCAUCCAGCCAAUCACAGACCAACAAGGAUGCCUACAACUGAUGACAUCAUCAACAUGGAAACCCCCACACCACAUUUCCCAUAAUUCACUUUGAUUCAUGAGUUUCUGCUGAUCAUUUUGUUCCCAAUAAUCAAUAAAAGCAUCUAAAACUGA